UAAAGCAGAUACAAAAAUACUCUCAUAUGUAUGUGCUGCCCUGAUCUUACUAUUCGUAAUUAACAGUGAUCUAUACUCAGCUGAUUAGCUUUGUUUUAAGUAUAAAGGUUUAAAUGAAAAAAUGCUCCCUGGAUAAAGCUCUCAUACAAGUUACUGCUGCAGAAUCACUGCCUAGCACCAAAAUAGAAAGAGGAUCAGCAUGUGACUGUGUUUUACCUUUCCAAAGCAACUUCCCUUAGUAACAAACAGCAGCUGCAGAUAAAAAUAGAACAUGAUAUGCAACUAGAAUCUUUAGCUAAAUCCAGAAGUCUGCCUCCAUGACAGCAAAGAGACCAAAGCAACAAUGAAGUCGCUCCGAUUCAUUUGUGCUGAAGCGUUUGUGUCAAAUGCAGAGUUUGCUAGGAAGAGUCUCGGCAAUGUUGCCCAUAAUCUUUUUCCUCUUCUUUUCAAAGCCAGCUAUUUACUGGAACAAGGGAAAGUGAUUCAUGACUUGGUAGAAAACUGGCCACUUGUUGACUUUAACAUGGGAAAACUUUUGGGAAAAAACGGUGACUACCAGGAAGACCUGAGCCACAGAACAUGCUUGGUAUGCUUGGAAAGCUGUCUGACAGGGCUUAGAGACUAUGUGCUGAAUCAUCCUUCUCCCUAUAUGAAAAGAUUGAAAGUGGUGGACCUGACGGGUAUAAAAGAUGUUGAAGUUCAGUCCUGUGAGUGCAAGAAACCAAUGGGCAGGUGGGCAAGGACACAGCUGCUCUCUAAGCUCUGUUUAGAGCUGCUGCUCCACCUGCAACAAAUGCAAUGUGAUCCCGGUGCCUUGGAAAUCAGUAUUGAUGUGCUAAUUGACUUGUUUGUUACAGAACGGAACUAUGAGCAGGUAGUGCAGGCCCUACUAAGGAAGUGCUCUUGUCCAUUGAAGAUCCACUGUGUAGCCUUCAGAGCUGACAACCUGGCUUUGCAGAAGUUUUUCUACAUCAUCAAGCUCAUAGAUCCGUCUUUGCUGCGUAAGUUGGAAGUGGUUCACAAUGUUCGCUUGGAAAUGGAGCACUUGGAAAUACUCUUCAACAAUAUCCGCUUCCCCCUGCUGAUGUCCUUGACCUUGCCAGCACGAACAUUCAAUGUGAGGAGGCUUACAGCUGCAGAUGAACUGAUGCUUACUGCCAUUGGAGAAAAGAUGAGUGAAAUGACACAACUGACUGAACUGAGUAUGGCAUUUUCCAUACUCACGGGAAGAAUACGGAAACUGCUCAGCCCACUGAAAACCCCGCUGAAGGUGCUGGAUGUUUCUAACUGCUCACUGAAUCAUGCUGAUAUGGCCUAUUUAGCCAAUAGCCUCCAUUCAAAUCACUUAGAAGUCCUGGACCUGAGUGGGCACAAUAUUCCUGACCUUUACCCAUCAACAUUCUUCAAGCUUCUCAGCCAUUCCUCUUCAGUGCUCAGGAGUCUCAUCUUAGAGGAGUGUAACAUCCAAGACACUCAUGUCAACAUGUUGAUUUUAGGCUUAAGUCCUUGUCGGAAACUACAGGAGUUUAAGUUCCUUGGAAAUCCCCUGUCAUCUGAAGCACUUAAACACCUUUUCAUGUUUUUCUGUGAACUGCCAAUGCUGAAAAAUGUGGAGUUCCCAGUUCCAAGGGACUGCUAUCCUGUUGGCAUCACUUAUCCAAUUGAUGAUUCCAACAUCUGCAAUUUUGAUCACCAAAAAUAUGAAAGUGUAGCAGAGGAGCUUAAACUCAUCUUACUACAAGCAAACAGAGAGGGUGUGAAGGCUUCAACUCCUCUCUUUGGCAGUUACGACGCAGCUGUUGAGGAGACAAACAAUGAACUGGGAGCUUACUUGAUGAAGUCCUUCAAAGACACUUUGGAAAAGUUCACUAACUCUCUUAAAGAAAUGAGUUGAAGUUGAAACAAUAGUGGUGAUAAGAUGUUCUGCCAAAUCAGAAGCUAAUUUAGUCUUUAACAAAACUGUACCUGCAUUGAUCAGUUUAGUUUGCUCUUUAAUUUCUGGGCUGAAUUUACUCCUCGUUGAAGAGCCUCAGAUUAUCUGAGGUAUUUUAACUAUACUGUCCCUAUUGCAUACUAUUUCCAUAAGCACCAUUUGGUCUCAGGAGAGGGUUUUUAAUAAUUUAUUAUUUUACACAAAAGGAUUUUGCUACUCAGUAAAAGAAGACGUGACUGAGGGUGGCUGAUAUGUUUUCCUAAUUUCCUCUGAAUUUGACCAUAAGGCUUCAGCCCUAUAGAAAAGGUAGGAAAAGUGAGCAGCCCUGCAGGGUGUCCAAAUGACUGUAUGCCCAUCCUCAGCCGUGGCUCCAUAAACCAAUUUUUGUUUUGCCAUUAAUCUUCUGAAUGCCACUAAAGAGGUCAUUUCACCCUUCUACAGUUUAUGUUUCCAAGAGUGGAUCACUUCUAAAGCCUGCAUGUCCCCGUACAUCUCUUUGAUCUGCAGAGAUGAGCGUGAUAAACAUCUUUUUGCUUGGGGAAUUACAGAAGUGGUCUAAUGCAUAGUGGUGGUGAGGAGUAAAGUUAUCCAAAUGGACACCUAGCAAUACAAAGCAGCUUGUGAUGAUGCUGCUGAAGCUCUGGCACACUGUAUUUUGCAAAGGUGUAUCAGGACAGUGUUGCAGAGCCGUAGAUUGGGGGUCAGCAGGUAAGCUGGCCUCAAGCUGUUCCCUUUGUGGAAUCAACUUCUUGGCUGGUAGAAUGUACCCUGCUGCUCUCAUCUCUUUACUAGUUGAUGCAUCAGUAUCUAGUUUGGGCACAAACUUGGCAAAAAAAAAAAAAAAAAAAAAAAAAAAAAAUCAAAAAAAAAUCAAAAGCUAAUUUCAAAAUUGUAGAAAAGGAAGAGGCUUGUUGCUGGAUAGUUAAAAGCUCAGCUGCAUAAAAUGCUACCCUCAUCUAUCGGUACUAAAUAUUGUCAUGUUACAAAAUUGCAACCAGUGCCAGAAGGAAUCACAUUUAUUUGACACGCCCUAGUGCAAGAAAUGUGUAUGAGUGAAAAGAGUAGUUAGAGCCCCAUAUCCUACACACUGUGCUGUAAUGUGUGCAAGGUGGCCAGCAGGGUGUCAGCAUGAAGUGUCAGGGCCACAAAACAAAUCCAGAGGGAAGUUUGGGAGAUCAUUGAGGGGGGAGGGGAACAGGUGAAUCCUUGGGUAGUAGCAGCUGGUAUAGUGUUUUCUGCUCAGCUUCUUCUCUGUUACACUGAGGACAUGCCAAGAUAGGUAUGUUAUCAGGUCUUGCCUAUCAUCAGCUGACUUGAGAUAUCUGCUGGCAGCCUCUGUCAACUCUACCAGAUCCCAAAUUGUUCUGUUAUACAGCUAGAUUCUUAGUUAGUGUCUAAGGGAGCUGGAAAAAAAAGUAGGAUGCUUAGGUUCACAGCCAGCAUGCUGCCAUUAAAUAGAGAAUUAAUUAUAUUAUUUUAGCAGUUCAUAGACACAGUUAACCAGCACUGGAAGUGAAUGCUGUGGCUGGAGCUGAGGUAUCAUUAGUAGCCAAUUAGAAAUUAUACUUCAUUUCAUCAUCUGAUGGUAAGGAAGAAGCUUUCUUCAUGUAGGUAGUGGUGGUUUGUAUAGUUUUUAUGCACAAAAGAAUACAGAAAUAGCUACUAAUCUAGUUUUUGAAAAAAAAAUGGGGUGACUAUUGUGUAGUUCUUGUAGGUGCCACAGUGUGCCUUUUAUUGAAAUUUGGAUGUCUUUUUAGCUUACAUUGUUCCUUCAGAUACAUUUGAUUAAGAUGUAACUGAUAUUAAAAUUGAAAGCAAUAGGCCACAACCCAAUUAUGUUUAUGGAACACUACAGAAAAAGCUAAAAGAAAUCGAAAUAGCCAAGGCAAUCGCUUGUCCUUAACAAAAUGCCAGAAUUGAGUUCCAUGUGAUCUUGCCUGUAUUUGCACGUGGAGCUCUGUGUGCUCCCCUGGUCUUGCCUGCUCUUCCUGUCCCCUCUUUCUUUCCCUCUCACCUUGCCCUUCUUUCCAGCUCAGACUUGGCCCAUAAAUUCUCUGCCAGACAUAGGUGGUUUGAAUUUUGCUAGGCCAAGACCCUACUGCUUUGGGGUGAGGGGCAGCACUUCUUAGUGCAGAUGAUAGAGCCCACUCUGUGCAGAGCUGCUACAGAGCCAUGUACAGUGAUGCCUUCACCCUGCCAGCAGGACCAGGUUGCCUCUGGCUGUGUGUUGGGAGGUGAAGAUCAACUGUGUGAGACGCGUUAGUGCUCCAACAGCCAGUCCCUACCUCUGCCAGGACAUGGGAAACAGCUAGCUUGGUUGUUGUCACCUCCUCUUUGGGAGCACUCAGCUGCCUAAGGAAUAGUGCAACCUGUGCGGCUGGUUGUCUGCCUGCUCCUUACCUAAAGCCAGUCCUGAUGCACCGCUUUAUUUCCUCCUACUACUUCAUGCUACACACCACCUGUCUUCUGGUUUUGGUGAUACUACACACACAUAUGCCUAUGUAGCCAUAUUUCUGUCCCCAGUUUUAGCACCUAGUGCUACAGACAGGCUCAGCAGCCUGUUUCUCUCCUAGUUCAUCCAUUCCCUUAGAAGCUAGAGGAAAAAGCACACCUGAGCUUCAUUGCAGCUGAGACUCAGUGUGCAGUGAAGAUGCUGUUCCUGGGAAGCACAACUGUGUGACUAAUGCUAUUGAAGUUUUGUGAGUGCUUAAAAACAUGUGUUAGGAUCAAAGUGGAAAGCUUCAUUGCAUACAGCUGCAUGUUAAAAUUGUAUCAUAUGAAGUACAGCAUUUAUUAAAGUGCAUAACAUAUGCCAGUACUACUGAAUCUAAAAGGCAGAACUAAAAUAAAAUAUUGCUAAUGUACACAACAGUACUCUACUGACAGAAAAGUAUCUCAGCACCUGUGUGGAGCAGAUGUCAUUCACAGAAAUUUGUGCCAUUUAGGAAUGGAAUCAGAUUUUUUUUCUUCCUCUUUUAAAUCUCAGAAUUUCAAACUUUUGAGACAAAAUUUCAGACCAGCUACAUGCCAUUACCUUUGUUACGGUGGUAGCUGUUCCUCUGUAGAAAUCCUGUCCUUAGCUCUCAGCUACCCUACCUUCACCUCUCCAGCAUCUGUCCUAAUUUUGGUUUGUAAAUACAGGUCAAACUGCAUCAUUUUGGCAUUGCCCCAGUUUACUGCAACUGAGAUGUGGGCUCAGAGGGCUUUGUGGCACCUGCGCUGCAGCAGCACUGGCUAAGGCAGGAGCCUGCUCCUCCUCCCUCAUGGGCAUUCUGCUCUUAGAGCAAAAAACACUGCUGCUACAACUCCCUGAACAUUUAAUGUGAGGUACAUGUGAGGUAUAAUUAGCUAUAGCUGGCAACAUUAUUUAAUAUCAUGGCUCAGGACUCAAAAUGGUGUAAGAUUGUAAUGGUAAAUCUUUGUCCUUUUUUUAUUUCCAUCCUGGUACUUACAUGUUUACAAAAUGAGAAAUAAUCAUUUAUGAGAGUGUUCCAUAAACAAAAAGGGAUAAUUUCCUUUUCCUGUUUGUGCAAAAAGUUUGAAUGCUAACAUUUUCAAAAGAUAAGAUGUCAGUGCAAUGCAGGAGAAGAAGUAGUGUUUCACAGUACUGUCAACAUUAACGUUCCAAUUAUUUACGCUGAAAGAGACCGUUUCUAAAAUAUAGCCAACCAUUAGUUCCACACCUUUGUAAACAAAUAAGAAAGGUGAUUAAAAUAUAUAUCUAUCUCAGCAGUUCCUAAAAGGUAGAAUGUCCAAUUGCCAUCUUAUUUUUUUUGAAAAAAAGUAGCAAAAGUCAAUUGUUAAAGAUCUAUAUAGAUCUUUAUAUAUAUAUAUAUAUAUAUAUGUAUGUAUAUCCCUGUGUGCAACAGAGCUUAAAAAAAAAAAAAAAAAAAACACUCUACAUGGCUAGACAGCCAUACACCACUCACCAUCUCUCAAGAAUACUUCUGUUAAAACUGAACUGGUUGUAAUUUGAUGUAAAGUGUUGCUUUUUUUUUUUUUUUUUUUUUCUUCCCUCCGUAAGAUUUAAUGUAAUGGUGGGGUGGAAGGAAGACUGCAAGAACUUAAAUACGGGUCAUCUAACUAUGCAUGGCAUGGGAGGCUGAGCAGCAGGAGCAGGACUGUCAGCUGGAGGAAAUGAGGAAAUGCUGUCUUUUUGGAAUGGGUAUUUGUCCUGAAAGAAAGAGCUUCACUGCUUCAUCUUUGAAAGUGAAGGCUUUUUCCUGUGAGCAUUCAUGCGGCCUCUUUCUGAAAAGUUACAGCAGCAGCAGCACCCUCUUCCUUCAAUGAAGGUCAAACAAAAGGCAAAGGAUAGAAGACCAGAGUAAUAAUGGCAGCUAGUGAGAAGAGUUUUAAGCAACUGGUGAAAAAUCAUGAAACAAUGGCUGGAGAUAUACCAGAGAAGAGGGCAUUGCCAUAGCACCAGCACUGAAGUACUGUCACCUUCCUUCUGUACUCCCAAGGACUGUUGUACUGCACAUUUGCGUUUUCCUCUGAGAUUACAGUUCAAGCUACAUAC